AUGUGCAGAUGGACGCCGUCCGUAGCUCAUCUCUGCCCUGAACCUGCCCUUGGCACCACCACUACUGCAGCCUCUGCCGAGCGACCUCUCCCCCUACCCAGUGCAGCCUCCAUUUGCCUGGCAUGCUUCACCCUGCUCCUGGUCACCGCUGGCACCGCCACAGGGGCCUGUCCUCCUGGGGUUGGACAUGAACCCCUUCAGGUGCUGGCGAGUGGCAUCAACUGUUCAUGGACGUUGGAAAGGCACACUCGCAGUUACAAUCACCUAGAGGGCGACGUCCGAUUACGGCGACUUUACUCCGCCAACAAGUUCUUCCUCUGUAUUGACAAAACAGGCAAGGUGGACGGCACUCGGCGGAAAAACUACGCAGACAGUCUGAUGGAAAUCCGAUCUGUCAGUGUGGGAGUUGUUGCCAUGAAAUCUGUCAGCACCGGGCUGUACUUAGCUAUGUCCAAGAAAGGCACGCUCUUUGGAUCGGUAAAGUACAACCCGAGCUGCAAGUUCAAGGAACGCAUUGAGGAGAACGGCUACAACACGUACGCCUCGCUCCGUUGGAAGCACGGUGGCAGGCAGAUGUUUGUUUCGCUGAACGGGCGGGGGAAGCCGCGGCGAGGACACAAGGCUCGACGAAGACACCCGUCCACUCACUUCCUGCCUAUGCUCCCCUCCUAGCUGUCCAAUUUUGAACUCUGACCAGCAACUGGCUGGCUCACCUGCCGCCUCACACUGGUGUUGAUCUAGCUGUGACGGCGAUCGUUAUUUUUAUUACUCGCUCCUCCUGUCACAUAAAUGUACAUUUGUUGAGGGUUGUAACAUUUGUAGAGUUAGUAUAAUAUGUACUUUUAAGUUAUUUUCUCCAUUUUCUAAUGAUGUUCAGUAAUACAGUGAAUAUACAGUAGAAGUAUACUAUCUCCAGGCGUCUGUCUGGCUAUAGUAUCAGUCUGUGUGUCUGAACUGCAUGUUAAGUGGAGUUUGGGUGACUUUAAGAGGCUUCAAAAGGACUGAAAAGGGACAGCAAGUCAUGAAAAAAACUAAAUGUGGCUCACGUGUUUGUAAUUUAGUGAUAGUUUUCACAAUAAGUAUGACUAUUAAAACAAGAAAGAAGCAACGUUGAAAUAGCUACACAUCAGGGCCAUAGCUACCAUUGAGGUAUUCUGUAUUUUUGGGGUCACACUCUACAAUUACAUUUUUACAAUCUAUCUUGUUAAACACAUUUCUCAUCCUUGAAAUAUUUCACCAUUUCACAUAUGAAAGAUUCCCGUAUUGAGUGAUGUCUAGGUG